UCCUCUACCUUAAAUUACUCACAAACUCCUCGAGUCUCACGACGUCAAAUGGUCCGACAUAAUGGCACUCCAGAUCCAGGAGUUGCAAGGAUCGAACCUCACAAUAAAUUCUUGCGGGACACAAUAAUAAGGAUUGAAACCAUAUGGAAACUUCUAUGA